UGUCAACAACUGGUCGAGGAGGAAGGAAAGUGUCAUUUGUGCGUUUAUUAAUUUACGCAUCAUGUUAGGGUGAAAUUUGUUUACAUAAUUUUAACGUAAGGUUUGAUUUUUCAGAUAGUACGGACGAGAAAGUUAUGGGUACGAGCAAGCGUUAGCAAACUGAAUGUGUUUCAGUCAGUUACAAUUGUCAGAAGUUGGCUAGUUCCAAGCUAGCAACUACGUAGCUAAGGUUAGUACAGUGGGGGCAGGCUGCUGUUUAUCGUGAGCGUCUGAUAGCCUGCGGUGGGUUGUGGGCAGCGCGAAAAACAUCACGUUUGUCGAGCCGCUGUUGACUUGUUGUGAUCCCCUUGUUUUGGACGCGAGGAGCUGUUUGAAAUAUCUUACCAUGGAUCCAUUUGACAGCAACAGCACAGAACGAGCCAACCUGCCGAGGAACAUGAUUGAGAACAGCAUGUUUGAAGAAGAACCUGAUAUUGUGGACUUGGCCAAAGACUCCACUGCAUUUCCGACGUUUCCUGCUCUUGACCCAGAUGAAGUGGCAUAUGAGCCACGCAGCUCAAGGUUGCUUGUGCGAGGCCUGGGAGAGAAUGACAUGGACGAGGACGAGGAGGACUGCGAGUCAUCAGCCCGUCUGCUGGGCAUGUCCUUCAUGAACCGUAGCUCUUCUCACAGAUCCAGUUCUUCUCCUUACACCAGGCAGGCUCCACCCAGGUCGUGUUCACGGCCCUCUGCACGUACUAUGGUUGUAUGUGUGUUAUUCCUGGUGAUAGUGGCGUCUAUGACCAUGGUGCUGUACUUCUUACCUGGUUGCAACUUUACCAAGGCAGGUUGUCCUAAGCCAAACAAGACUGCUCCCAUCGAGCCAAUCAGCCCUAUAUCGACAAACGGUGAACCUUUUCCGUGGGCACAGCUCCGGCUGCCUCGCAGCAUUCGUCCUGUCAGCUAUGAUCUCACGCUGAACCCUGACCUUGACAGUAUGACCUUCACCGGUCAUGCUGUUAUCAACAUGUUUGUGGAUCACAGCACCAACCGCAUUGUCCUGCACAGUGCUAAUCUCAGCAUUUCCAAAGCUACCUUCAAGAUGGGUGAUGGUGAGGCCCAUGAUGUGACUGUACUGGAGUACAAACCCAGUCAACAGAUAGCUGUUAAGUUCUCUGAGGACCUGAAGGCAGGACAGUACUGUGUUUUGACCCUGGAUUACUUUAGCAACCUCUCACACACUUAUGAUGGUUUCUACAACAGCUCAUACACUGAUAAAGAUGGAAAUAGAAGGGUCCUAGCUGCAACUCAGUUUGAGCCACUAUCGGCGAGGAAGGCCUUUCCUUGCUUUGAUGAACCAGCCUUCAAGGCCACUUUUCUGAUUAAAAUCAGCAGAAAACCAAACUACAUGACUCUUUCCAACAUGCCCAAGGCUAAAACCACCCAGCUAUCCAGUGACCUCAUGCUGGAUGAGUUUGAAAAAACCAGUGUCAACAUGAGCACCUACCUGGUGGCCUUCAUUGUUGCUAACUUCAUCCCUAGCAGCAAAAAUGUUUCAGAAACUCUGGUGUCUGUGUACUCUGUUCCAGAGAAGAUAGGGCACACUGACUAUGCUCUGGACGCAGCCUCCAAACUGCUGGAGUUCUACAAUAACUUCUUUGAAAUUAUCUACCCCCUUAAAAAAUUAGACUUGGUAGCCAUCCCGGACUUCCUGGCAGGAGCCAUGGAGAACUGGGGUCUCAUUACCUUCAGAGAGACCAGCCUGCUGGUGGGCAAGCAGUCCUCUCCUCUGGAAAAACAAGUAGUUGCCUCUGUAGUAGCGCAUGAGCUCGCCCAUCAGUGGUUUGGAAACCUGGUGACAAUGAGCUGGUGGAAUGACUUGUGGCUCAAUGAAGGCUUUGCCACAUACAUGCAGUACAUGUCACUGCAGGCAGUGUUGCCCCAGCUGGACAUUGGUAAUUUGUUUCUGGCAGUUCGGUUCAGAGCCAUGGACAAAGAUGCGUUAAACUCCUCCCACGCUGUGUCAACAGAGGUUAAUACGCCGGAACAGGUGGAAGAGAUGUUUGACUCUGUCUCUUAUGAGAAGGGUGCAUCCAUUCUCCUGAUGCUGAACACCUCCUUGUCAGGUGACCAACAGUUCAGAAAGGGUAUCAUUCAAUACCUAAACCAGUUCCGUGGAGGAAACACGGACACUGACGACCUCUGGAACAGCCUUACGCAGGUUUCGACACCACACCUGAAUGUGUCAGAGAUGAUGAGCUCGUGGACGUCACAGAAAGGCUUCCCAUUGGUCACCGCAAGCCGCAAGGGAGAUCAGUUGAUCCUCAGGCAGGAGCACUUCUUGCUCACGUCUGACAAUGCCACACAUACUUCCAGAUUGUGGAAUAUUCCAGUGACGUACGUAAACGAUAGCUGUAGUUUGGCCCCUGAGUGCAGACAGGUGUUCAUUCUGAAGACCAAAUCAGUCACAUUUAAGCUGCCAGAAAGCGUAAAGUGGCUCAAGUUGAACUACAGGAACACCGGAUUCUACAUAGUCGACUAUGGAGAUGAGGGCUGGUCUGCACUUAGAGAUGCUCUGUCCAACAACGUCAGUGUUCUUACACCAGAGGACCGUGCCUCACUCAUACACAACAUCUUUGCUCUCUCCAGACUGGGACGUGUGUCCUUCCGUCGUGUUCUCAACCUGCUGGACUACAUGUCCAAUGAAACUGAGACUCCACCUGUAACAGAGGCCUUGUUACAGCUCAACAAUAUCUACCGGCUGCUUGACAAAAGGCAGGAGGACAGUCUCGUGGCCCGCAUGAAGGAGUAUAUCAUCCAUCAUUUUAAUUCUCUGACGGACAGUCAAACUUGGGAAGAGGAGGAGAGUGUGUCCAAACAGGAGCUGCGCUCAGCCCUGCUGCUGACGGUCUGUGGUCUGAAUAAAGAAAAGUGCGUCAAUCAAACCAAACUCCUGUUCAAACAGUAUGUCGACUCCAACGGGACCACACGAAUCCCAGGUGAUCUGCAGCAAGUCGUAUUCAAUAUGGCUGCUCAAUCACCUGAAGAUUGGCUGUCAUUGCUCAGGAUGUACCGACUUGUUACUUAUGAUGCAGAGAAGCGAAAAAUGCUACAGGGCCUAGCAUCCACUCAGGACGCAAGGCGUAUAGUGUGGAUUCUAAAGGCUGGUCUGAAGGGGGACAUCAUCCAGACACAGGAAUUGCCUUUGGUCAUCAGCACUGUGUGUAAUGGCUUCACUGGCUACUUGUUUGCCUGGGAUUUUAUACAAGAGAACUGGGACCGCCUCAUAGAGAAGUUCCCUGUGGGCUCCUUUGCCAUCCAGACAAUCAUCAAGUCUGCCACCUCCCAGUUUUCCACACAGGCACACCUUAAUCAAGUGCAGGGAUUCUUUUCCAGUCUGAAGCAGCGCGGCUCUCAAAUGAGGAGCGUGCAGGAAGCUUUGGAAACCAUCAGGCUGAACCAGCGCUGGAUGGACAAGAACCUCCCGACGCUCCAAAAAUGGCUCUAACACAGGCGCUCCAUCCGCUCUCCGCCCCACUAACAGGCAGCUGGGGCAUGUCAACAAGACAACAGCAGUGUUUGCACUAUCGUAGGACUGUGUCUCUAACUCCCUUUAUCCAGGCCAGAGUGCUAAUCAAAGUCUGAGGUUGUGCACGACCUGGGCGGACAAGGUGUUUCAUUUUCUGAGAUUGGUCCUGUGAGUUGUAUUUGUUAGCUCAGGGUGGCUCUGAUUGUGUGUCUGACAGGAUGUUGUCAGGUGCAAACACACACACACACACACUCCUCAAACGUAAUGCUGUCGACCAAACCUCUCCUACAGCUCUCAUCUAAACCUCAUGCCUGAGCAGACAAUCAUGCUUCACCCACACUCCUUUUGCACUCCUUUUGCUCAGCUUGCUCACAGGCACUUAAAUGUAUGAGCGCUGUAAUGGCCACUCCAAAAAGAGCAGGUAUGCAGAAUGUCAACUUUGUUGCAUGUGUGUUGGUCCGGGACUUUCUCUCGAUGUAGAUGCAGCUGUCAGGGAUCUCUCAAAGGCGAGAAGUUGAAAUUACCGGUACUUGAUUGGGAUUAUUAUUAGAAUGUUAAGAAAAUCUGUGUAGAAACAGUAGCUGUCUGCCAUUCUCUAGUUACUCAUGCCACCUAAAGCAUUUACUAUAUUAGCCUGGUUCCGUUAGAUAAUUGGUUGGUUGGUUGAUUGAUGGCUUAAAAUACCAAACUCUUGUUGGCAUCAAUUGAAUGUACUGAAAAACCUUUCCACUGUGUACAGUAGACAGCAAACUGUGCAACAGUGCGGGUUUAAAUCAACACCCAAUGUGUCUUAGGUGAGAGCAGACAGCACGCACUGGAGCCAAAUGUCCUCUUUUUUUUCUUUCUUCCUUUCUCGUUAACCCUGGCUCUGAUCCCCUUUUAGCUCUGAUCACCAAAUUUUAUUUUGAUUGCUUUUCGCCUGCAGUGCUUACACUGUACAGACUUUAACUCCGUGUGCUUGUAAACUUGUAAUUAUAGUGUAAAUAUGUUCAACCCUUCAGCAUUUUCCCUUGCAAUUUUGAAUGUACUGUUUUAAAGUUACUGACUUUUAACAUUUUAAGAUUGCUUUGUGUUGUGUAUAUAAAGUGUAAAGAGGAGAUGUACACAUAGAACUGAUCAAGUAUCUUGGUCAAAUACAUUUACUGUAUUUCUUUA